CCAGGAGCGGGUGGUUUUCGGCUGGGGAGGCUUCGGCCGGACGCCGGACACGCCGCGGCGGGGGAGGGCGCACCGGGGCGGCGGCGUCCUGGAGACCCCCGAGAGAUGGAAACGGCGGCGCCGGCGGCGGCCGAGGCGGCGGGGCGCGAGGAGCUAGAUAUGGAUGUAAUGAGGCCCUUAAUAAAUGAGCAGAAUUUUGAUGGGACAUCAGAUGAAGAACAUGAGCAAGAGCUGCUGCCUGUUCAGAAGCAUUACCAGCUGGAUGACCAGGAGGGCAUUUCAUUUGUACAGACUCUUGUGCAUCUUCUUAAAGGAAAUAUUGGAACUGGCCUUUUAGGACUUCCAUUGGCGAUUAAAAAUGCAGGCAUAGUGCUUGGACCAAUCAGCCUUGUGUUUAUAGGAAUUAUUUCUGUUCACUGUAUGCACAUUUUGGUACGUUGCAGUCACUUUCUAUGUCAGAGGUUUAAAAAGUCAACGUUAGGUUAUAGUGACACUGUGAGUUUUGCUUUGGAAGUCAGUCCUUGGAAUUGCCUUCAGAAGCAAGCAGCGUGGGGACGGAGUGUGGUUGACUUUUUUCUGGUGAUAACACAGCUGGGAUUCUGUAGUGUUUAUAUUGUCUUCUUAGCUGAAAAUGUGAAACAAGUUCAUGAAGGAUUCCUGGAGAGUAAAGUGAUUGUUUUGAAUAGUACCAAUUCAUCAAAUCCAUGUGAGAGAAGAAGUAUUGACCUAAGGAUAUAUAUGCUUUGCUUUCUUCCGUUUAUAAUUCUUUUGGUCUUCAUUCGUGAGCUAAAGAAUCUAUUUGUGCUUUCAUUCCUUGCCAACGUUUCCAUGGCUGUCAGUCUUGUGAUAAUUUAUCAAUACAUUGUUCGGAAUAUGCCAGAUCCCCACAACCUUCCAAUAGUGGCUGGUUGGAAAAAAUACCCACUCUUUUUUGGUACUGCUGUGUUUGCUUUUGAAGGCAUAGGAGUGGUCCUUCCGCUGGAAAAUCAAAUGAAAGAAUCAAAACGCUUCCCCCAGGCAUUGAAUAUUGGCAUGGGAAUUGUUACAACUCUGUAUGUGACCUUAGCCACCUUAGGAUAUAUGUGUUUCCGCGAUGAAAUCAAAGGCAGCAUCACUUUAAAUCUUCCCCAAGACGUAUGGUUAUAUCAAUCAGUGAAAAUUCUAUAUUCCUUUGGCAUUUUUGUGACAUAUUCAAUCCAGUUCUAUGUUCCAGCAGAGAUCAUUAUCCCUGUGAUCACAUCCAAAUUUCACGCUAAAUGGAAGCAAAUCUGUGAAUUUGUGAUGAGGUCCUUCUUGGUUAGUAUUACUUGUGCUGGAGCAAUUCUGAUUCCUCGUUUGGACAUUGUCAUUUCUUUCGUUGGAGCUGUGAGCAGCAGCACGCUGGCCCUGAUCCUGCCGCCUUUAGUUGAAAUUCUUACCUUUUCUAAGGAACACUACAAUAUAUGGAUGAUCCUGAAAAAUAUUUCCAUAGCAUUCACUGGAGUUGUUGGUUUCUUGUUAGGUACAUAUGUAACUGUUGAAGAAAUUCUUUAUCCUACGCCCGUGCCCGUAGUUAUAGCUGGCACUCCGCAAGGUCCCUCUCUAAAUUUGAAUUCAACGUGCUUUACAUCCGGUUUGAAAUAGUAGAAGCAGAAUUAUGAGACUUCUACUUUUGUCUCAGUUUUGAAAGUGAUUAAAAUAAGAACUAGUAGAAUACCUUGCCAUAAACCUAAAAAUAGGACCAAACUCUGUUUUCUUUUGGCACAGUAUCGAUAUUUUGUCAGUAAAUUAUAAUUCUUUACCAGUAGUGGUAAACUAUGACAGAUUCUUGGUUAUAAGUAUUAGCAGUAAUUUCAAAAUUUUAGUUUUCAAAGUUGAAAAAAUUAAAAUGUUAAGAUUAAAGAAUAAAAAGACUUCUGUUAUUCUUCUUCAGUCAGAAAUACUUUAACCAAGAUUCUCUCUUUUACCCCCAUGCUACUCUGCCACCCAGUUGAGGAGAGAACAGGGUUUCAACAAUAAGAGAAUUAGAGAAGGACACCGGGGACAGAAAUCUCCAGACCAUCCCAGUGAAUGUCAAAGUAUACGUUGUGUUUAAUUAAAGAUAUCUCAAUUAUGUUUUUAUUAGAGAGCCAAAUACUUAUGGUUAAUUCCUGGAAGUAUAGAAAACUCGAUUAGCUAUAAUGUAAGCAUCAGAAAAUCCCAAAAACCAGAAUUAUUUUUACACUCUUCUGUAAUGGUGGUUGAUCUUCAUAAUGAAAACCAAGAAGCACUGUGCCAGGUUCUGUCUUAGUGUUGCAGCCAAAUUCGAAAGAGACUUUAAAGGUGAUCCAAUAUAGUCCCCUUAUUUUUAACCUGAGGAAAUGGAUGCUCAGAAAGGUUAAGUAACUUGGUCAACACCGCUCAGCCUUGAGAUCGAGAGAAUCUGUUUUGAUUCCAAGUUCAGGAUUUUUUAUUUUUCACAUCACAUCCAAGGAAAAGAGUAAAUUAUGUUUAGUUUAACUCUAGUGUUGCAUCUAUUUAAUUAUAUUUUGCUAUUUUGAAAGUGGCGAUCUUUGAAUAUUGUAUAUGACCUGAGCAGAGAGUCAGGAACUCUGAAAAGCCCACCAACGGUCAUUAAGCCUCAGCAGGGGGAGGAGCCAUCCUUUUUUAAACAGAAUAGAAAGCACCUGCUGGUGUAACUGCUGGCUGGCAGAAGCUGCCCUGGUGUGCUGUGUGACUGGAGCCCCACUCCUGUUUCUUCCCUUUCCUGGUGCUGUAGGCACUGUUUUUCUUAAUGGCAGAAAAUAGAUAUCUGACAAAAUACAGGAUGUGUGCCCUCUCUCCAGCCUGUGGCUUCCUUAUUACAGCCUUUUAGUGAUCUGAAUGGGCAGAAUAAAAGAAUAAUGAGAUUCAUGCUUAGGAAAAAUCGAGACAGUAAUAAACUGCCUACUAAAUGUUGAGGCUUCCUGCAGAGAAACACCUUCUGUUGCUCCACCUUCUUCAAGCCCAGUUAUUCACCGAAACAAAGAUCUCAGCUGGUGUGGAAGGUCUAAAACAUUAAGAAUCCUGAUUUUUUUUAAAUUCAUACUUUAAAACGUGUUGACCUUUUUAAUCAGCUAGUGGUACUCUAAUUUGUAACACACGGUAUCAUCAGGAUCACUGUAGUGCAUAUAGUCUCUAUUUUUAUAUGUAAAUAUUAACUUAGUUCAUGUAUUUUUUGCUUACAUCAUUAACGAGUCAUCAAAUAUAAUCCUCAAGAUAUAUCAGAAGCUUUAUUUUGGUACAAACUCAUAAGAAUCAAAACUUUUUAAAAUGUUUGCAUUAGAUAUCACCAAUAAUUGUGAUACUUUUAUGUCAAAUCUGUUAUGUUGAGCCUUUAGGCGCAUUGAAAGGAUGCAGAAGAAGUUACAGAAAAAGUAAUCAUCGUGGAAACUGUUAUAUAUAAUCUUUAUCAAUAAGGUGUUUUUUAAAAACAAUGUAUAGCUUGGUAUAAAAUGACUUGAAAACCAUUAUUUAAUAGAAAGCACUAUUAGGUUUUUGUCAGCUGUCUUCAGAUAAUAUUUCUAGUCUAUGUGUGAAAUUUUAUUUUUACCCUUUUUACCUGUUGUUCAUUUUCCUUAUGGAAUUCAUCAGAUUCAACAAAAUUUUGAAUAGUUGAUCAUCACAAUAAAUAUUUUAAAUUCAGCUUGAACAAAUGCUGUGCAUGUUACCAGCCAGGCUUCCUCAUGCAGUGAGCGCUCAGCCGACCUCCAGGGCUUACUUCACUAGGCUAUCUGUGCUCUAAAUACGAGAGGAAAGUUGGAAUGCAGAAAGGAAGAGGGGCUAAACGGGGACAGUAGUUUUAAUUCUUCACAAAAAAUACUAUGUAGAUGCAAAGUACAAAUGCACUUAUUUAAGGAUUUUUGAUAAUGUAUUUUAUUUGCAAAAAAAAAUCAGUGGAAGUAUUUUUCCUCUGAAAAUUUAUUUUAAUGACUCAUAACAUUUUCUAAAGAUUUUUGGAGAGAUAUUUUGAUUAUACCAGCUGUUGCUUUUAUUUUGGGGCCUGGAAAAAGAAGAAUGAUUGCACCUGUCAAAUUUUGUAUCCAUUAUCUUCGUCCAUUACAUUAUGGCUAAAAUGACUUCAGCAUUUCAUCUGCAGGCACAGUAAAUACCCUCUUCUCUGAAAGCUCAUCAGGUGUCUGGGUGCCGUUUCUACUCCUGGGGUGGGGAGAGAAAGGAAAGCUGUGUUUACCUCUGAUGACCUCUGAUCUGAGUCAGUGAUCACCAUUCCCUUACAUUGGAAAGGAUUUCACUAGUUUGAGAGUUGACUUGUCAAAACACUGGUUCUCAAACACUUUGUUUGGUCAAAAGAUCUUCUUUUCCCCACGUGGACAGAUUUCUCUACAAAGAAAUAAGAACUAGAGUUUUUCUUGGUUAAAGACCAAUUUGUGUGGUGUUACCAAAUGAAAGAAGUACUGUAUUAGCAAAUGCCACGUUAUGUUUUAAUUCUGUCUUCACGGGAUUCUCCUUAAUUAAAACCAUUUCUGCCUCUUGCUUGGGUGAUGCACUUAACAUUUUUGUAAGCAUUUUGUGUAAUGUGCAUGUUGUAAAUGUCCUAACAGAGCCUAUUUCAUUCAGUAUUUUCAUAAUAGUUACAGGAAAGCUCUCUAACAGCAAAAUACUAUGAAAAUAUUUAUUAAUUAAAGAUCUACAUUAGUGCCAUUUCAGUGGUGGCAAAGCACAGGUCUUACUGUAGCUUCCGGGUGGCGUCUCCUCAUCGUAGUUGUCAAUACAGGGUCUGCCUAGUGCGUUUGUUUACUGGUACUAGAUACCACAUCAGGUCUUGACCUCACUUUUCUUCAUUUGAAAGGGAGAAGAUACAAAAUAGAGCUAAUGGCAAUAAUAAGUAAAAUUAUUGAAGACAGUAGCUCAGUGAAUAUUUUCUGUUGGGGAAUAAAAUAAUUUGGUAAAAUGAGUUUUUAAAAAAUGAGUCUAUUUUAAUCUUUUUGGCUCAACUACCUUCCCCUUGUAAGAAAGUUGAGAAACUUUGAUCUGAAAAGUGUAAGAAGUUGCUCCCUGACAUGAAGCGGCUGGUUUUAACAGUAAGCACUUCAGUAGUGUUAUGGUUAAUCUUGUUUAUGCUGCUAGUGCUCACCAGGCUAACCACCUUUCCGAAAGUGGUUGUUUUUGACGUAGGAGGUAAAAAAAAAUAUGCUUUAGAAAUUCUAUUUAUUGCCCUGUGAUAAACGAAAUGACGAAUCACUCUCAUUCUUAAUAUUUCACAUUAGCUAGUUCUUAUGCACACACACAUACCAGUAAUCUACAUGAAUUAGAUACUAAUAGUAAUUUACCAUUUAAAUUGGGUCCAGGAAGAUGAUGUGUUGAAAGGUCACUCUGAAAAUUAUUCCAUUAAAGUUUUUUUGAUAACAAAUAGGUAAAUACAUGUUUAUGCCAUGAAUAAAUAAAAGUGUCAAUUUU